AUGAAAACCCUACGGCACUCUGAACAGACCCUGAAAACGGCUCUCAUUUCAAAGUCCCCAGAGCUUGUGUCCCAGUACGAGCGCUUCAGUGCCUCUGAAAGGCGCCUCAUGAACGAAGCCUUUCAACCCAGCGGGACUCUCUUUGAACCCAUUACCUUGCACUCGGAAUCAGAUUGGAUUGCCUCCCAUCCUGAGAACCCCCAAGACUUUGAGCAGUUUUUCAAUGAUCCUAAAAGAAAGAUACCAUCUACAGAGAAACACACUAUUUAUAUACAGUCUAUUGGCUCUCUAGGGAACACCAGAAUUGUCAGUGAAGAAUAUAUCAAAUGGCUUAAGAGCUACUGUGAAGCAUUUUUCUAUGGUUUGUCAGUAAAACUCCUAGAACCCAUUCCUGUUUCUGCGACAAGAUGUUCCUUCAGAGUCAAUGAGAACACCCAAAAUCUACAAAUUCAUGCAGGAGACAUCCUGAAGUUCCUGAAAAGGAAGAAACCAGGAAAUGCCUUCUGUGUUGUGGGGAUAACAAUGAUUGAUCUUUACCCAAGAGACUCCUGGAAUUUUGUCUUCGGACAAGCCUCUUUGACAGAUGGUGUGGGGAUAUUCAGCUUCGCCAGGUACGGCAGUGAUUUUUACAGCUCACACUACGGGGGCAAAGUGAAGAAGCUGGAGAAAUCAUCGUCAUGCGAAUAUUCGGUUUUUGAUAACUAUUACAUCCCUGAAAUCACUAGUAUUUUACUGCUCCGAUCCUGUAAGACGCUGGCCCACGAGAUCGGACACAUCUUUGGAAUGAGACACUGCCAGUGGCUCUCGUGUCUGAUGCAAGGCUCCAACCACAUGGACGAAGCUGACCGGCGCCCUCCGUACCUCUGCCCCAUCUGCCUACGCAAACUGCAGUGUGCCAUCGGCUUCAGCAUCACGGAGAGAUACAAGGCGCUGUUGAGGUGGCUUGAUGAGGAAUCCACUGGCCUGCCCCGCGUGAUGCCGAAGCCUAGCCGUGAAGACAGCGUGCAUUUGCCCGACCGGGUGGACGCCUUUAGGGAGUGGAAAGAGUGGAUAACGAAAUGCCUCGCGCUUCUCCAAAAAUAA